GACUCUCUGAGCAGCUGAUGGGGGGGCGUGCCGAGGUCUCCGCACUAGCAGCGUCUCCUCUACGCGGUGAAAUGGCUGGAAAACACGAGAAGAGCGGAGAAAAGUGAAAAAGUUCCGUGGUGCAGCCGCUCCGUGACGGUGUAACAAGGAACCUACCGCAAACUACCGAGCGGAACUUCAUGAACCGCAGCAGGCUCUCACGCAAAUCAUGCCCGUCGACAUGGCCAUCAGGAUCUGCCUCGCCAGCUCCCCACCACUGCACUCCUUCCUCAGUAACCAUGACAACCAUCGUUACAUGCCAGCUGCUAUGCCGACACGGUGCCAACCACUGCGACCCUGUCUUUCCCCAGAAAGCUGCAGCCCCGUUGACAUGGCAACCACGUCUUCCUCAGGAACAAUCACGGAAAGCUGCGUCCAGGUUAGGAAGAGGAGGAGCCAGAAAAAGAGGGUGGUGUUUGCAGACUCUCAAGGUCUAGUACUCACAACAGUUCACGUUUUCACCGAGCCCGAGGACGACCGGCUGGCUGAGCUGCAGUUCCAACUGACUGAGAUGGAGGGUGCCACUGAAGGAUUGCACCUGGAAGACCUUAAAGAUUCGACAGAUUUUGGUUUGGGUCUGGUCUUGGACUUUACUCCACCAGCUGCAGACUAUCUUGAACUGAGGAACCGGCUUAAAGCCCAACAUGUUUGCCUGGAGACCUGCUCUGUGCAGGACCACCUUCUUUCUGGCACCAUCCAGGUUGAAAACGUCUGUUUUGAGAAGUCUGUCUUGGUCCGGAUCACCUUUGACUCGUGGAACUUCUUCCAGGAUGUUGAUUGCCGAUACCUGAACAACGUCUAUGGCUGCCCCGAUACCGACACCUUUGCCUUCUCCGUCUCUGUGCCACAGAACCUGGACUCCUCCAGCAGAGUGGAGUUCUGCAUCCGGUACCAGACACAUAACCAGACCUUCUGGGAUAACAACCUGGGCAAUAACUACGGGCUGACAACUGUGGAUCCUAAUGGCUGUCCGAGCUGGGUCUCUAAGAGGAGUGCUAGACUAGAGAUCCAGAGGGGCAACAAUGGAGAGAAAGUGGACGAGAUGGAUUAUGACCCGUUAGGAAGUCCCAGGACAUUAGUUGGUGUCUUCCCUAAGUGGCAGAGCUGGGGUCGGGUUGAAACCAGUGCCCCCUACUGGUGAGAGCAGCACAGCUUUUAAAGUUGGACUUUCUGGAUGUUGGAGAUUCACCGAAGCUUAACUCAAGCAGCUACGUUAUCCUGUAGGUCCAAAGCGCCACGUUGACUUGGUCACUUUACCUCCUGAAACUCCUGCUGGGGUAGAGAUGGAUUUGGAGACUUCUGGUGCUAUCUGCAACAGGUCCGAAACCAGAGCUAGAUUGGUUCCUUCGUAACUGAAUCUUAAUAUGCAACAAUCAGUCCUUUUUCAGAGGAACUACAGCAGAACCAGCACAGUUUUCAGAGGAGGGAGAACGUUGCAGGGAUUCCUCAGUAGAACCUCAUGAGAAGAUCACCUUUGAACUAUGCAGCAGAUCAGUGAAGCAUUUAACUUUAACAUAAUUCCAGGACCUAGAAGUCUCCCAGAGCCCGAUGAGCCUCCGAGCUUGGACAUAAAGUCCAGGUUCUAACGCUGAUCUGGCUUCAGACCUCCAAACACCUCCUUAGGACCUGCAACUCUAUUUUAAAAUGGUCUCUAAAGGUUUAACAGCACAUUCCACUCUUCAGUCAUUUCAGUGGAUUUCUGAUCCUCAGAGCACCCGGAAUCACCAAAACCUCUGGUCCAAGACGAUUUACGGAUUCAGACAUCAGAUGUUUGGAUGAACUUUUUCCAUUUACAUGUUCAGUUCUCCCUGUCCUAAACCAGUUACAUAUUUGUGUUCACAAACAUCAUGGCCAGAACACGAUCUUUUCUGAGUCCAGAUGUUUUUUGGAGCCAUUAGUCCUCCUUUUUCCUCCUUUUUAAAUCAUUCCUAUAAACCAGUGUGGAUGAUUUCCUGCCAUGGAUGGAGUCAGCGGGUUGGUGAAACCAUAAUUUUAAAGUGUUCUGCUGAUGGACUAAAUGUUCUAGAAUACAAGCUUUGGCGUUUUAGGGGUUUCUACACAAAGACUUUUUGGACUCGUGUUGGUGUUCAGCUGGUGCCGAUGGGUACGGGUCGUGGUCCUGUUGGAUUUUAGAUAGUCGUAGACAGAAAGUUUUGCACACUGAUCCAAAGUAAUGGAUCAAAACCAGCUGGGUUGACACCUGUAAAGCAAUCCAGUGAAUGUGUUUAAUGGUUUUAAUGGUGAAAUUUUAAUGCUUGAAUGUCUCAGGUGUGUGUUUAUUCACACUGCCUUGUCAGGAGUUCUGGUUACGUUCGUUUUGAUUGGUCCCGUUGGACCUGGACUGAGUGUAACCAGUAAGUUAUGUUGGACUGAAUGUUCUUCUGCACAGGUGUUUGUUUGGACUCCGUAUCAGCCGCUGUAAGUCAGAGUCAGCUGCUGUGUUGGCACUUUAGUAGUCUUUGGUCAUGUGACUGCAGCCUCAGCAUUCAACAAAGAUGAAAACAUUUAGCAGACAGGCCAGUUUGAUGAUGAUGGUUUUGAGGGAUCUGACUCAUCUUCAUUCCAGUCUCUACGUGUUUAGUGUUUAUUUCUGUCCAUCUGUGUUGCAGCUGUUUUUGAAUUCCUUAAUAAUUUAAUUAAUUACUCUGUUUCAAGCUUCUGACAAUAAACCCCCUGCUGCACCAGCAAGUUUGUUGUUGGUGCUAAGUUUGAGGACUAGGAACUCAAUUAUUAGCUUACGUCACCUUCUGAGAUUUGUUAGUCACACUCGUGUGCACGUCUCACAUCAGAAAGCAAUUCUUCAUCACCCUGUGUUGUCAUGGUAACUGAUGUUAAUGUUGCAUUUCUUGCUAGCUCUUGUUAACCAGUUUAAAAGCCUUUCUAAACUACAAACACUGCAGUGCUCGUGUGUGUGUGUGUGUGUGUGUGUGUGUGUGUGUGUGUGUGUGUGUGUGUGUGUGUGUGUGUGUGUGUGUGUGUGUGUGUGUGUGCGUGUGCGUGUGCGUGUGUGUGUGUGUGCGUGUGUGCGCGUGUGUGAAAAUGUAAAGUGUUAAACAGAAAUGUUAUCAGCCUGCUAAUAUUGCAAUAUUUGUUGGACUGCUGAAAGCCUUGUGCAGCCUUCAGGUCACAGCUGCUGUAAUUUCAAGGUGGCAGGCUCUCCUUAUUCCAAAGAAACCUGAAUGCAGCACAACAUGCACUGAUGAAACCCCUAACAGUAUCAAUGCCCUGAGAUGAAAGAGUAAAACAAAGAAAUAAUGUUGUAGUAGGAAUUAUAUCACAUUGUAGCCCCUCCUAUAACAGGAAGUGUUGUAAACAAGAGGGCUGAUUGCUCCUUUUGUGUUUAUCCUCUUAAAGUAAAAGUUUAAUACAUUUAAUAAAGGUUAAUAUAGUUUA